GCCGUGUGUUUACGCGGACGCCUCACUGCCGAAAAACGCCAUCGAAGAAGAAAAGGCGGAAGUUAGCUUGGUUUCAAGGCGGAACGAAAAUAGCGCGAUUCUACGAAGUGAAAUCGAGUAAAAACCAUCCAAAUAUCAAAAGAGCUGGCGAAUGAGUGACAAAUUGGCGCUGCUGACGACAUGUUUAGACUUUCUCAAGGAAUAAUGACGUCGUACGAGGAGCAACUUUGUCGAACGAGAGAGGAGACUGAGGGACAUCUGGACGCGAUUGUGCAGAACAUCGAAGCCCCGGAUGCGGAGGACGAGGAGGAUGCACAGAUUCCCACCUUGAAAGAGGAAGAGGAGGAGAUCGACGUUAGCAAGUUGCCACUGACUGUCGUCGUUGUGAAGGGUGAAGAUGAUGAAGAAGAUGAAGCAUCUGAGUGGUCACAGCUUCAUCAUCACAGUCCAAGUGGAGACCAUUGUGGAGGACCACCAGCAGACAAGCUAUUUGCUCCUUUGUCACAUAGUCAUAACGUGGAAGAACCCUUGAGAGGUGACGACAAACACUUGAAAAGCUCUGAAAAGGAGACAUCUGUUGUGAGAUGUCACACAGAUAAAAAACGUUUUAUCUGCUCGGUUUGCGGUGAAAAUUUUGCUCGAAAAGAAAAUAUGAAUGUACAUAUGAGAACGCACACGGGAGAGAAACCUUUUAGUUGCUCAGUUUGUGGUGAGAAAUUUGCUCGCAAGGGCUCUUUGAUUGGACACACGGCAACACACACGGGGGAAAAACCUUUCAAGUGCUCACAGUGCGGCGAAAGCUUUACUUAUAAUUACAAUUUGACUCGACACAUGCAGACACACACGGGUGAAAAACUCUUUAUUUGCUCAGUUUGUGGCGUGAGCUAUCCUUAUAAGCACAGUUUGAGUGUGCACAUGAGAACGCACACAGGAGAAAAACCCUUUAGUUGCUCAGAUUGUGGUGAAAGAUUUACAAAUAAGAGAAAUUUGAACGUACACAUGCGGACGCACACCGGAGAAAAACCCUUUGGUUGUUCAGUUUGUGGUAAAAGAUUUACUCAAGGCUCACAUGUGAUUACCCACAUGAGAACACACACGGGAGAAAAGCCUUUUAGAUGCUCAGUUUGUCAUUCUACAUUUGCAAAAAAAGCAGCUUUAAUUGCACACACAGCGACACACACUGGAGAAAAACCUUACACAUGUACAGUUUGUGGCGAAAGCCUUUCUUAUAAGCACAGUUUGAAUGCACAUAUGAGAACACACACAGGAGAAAAACCCUUCAGGUGCUCAGUUUGUGGUAAAACAUUCCCCCAAAAGCAAAACAUGAUCAAACACAUGAGAACGCACACGGGAGAAAAACCUUUUAGUUGCUCAGUUUGCGGUGACACAUUUGCUCACAGCUUCUCUUUGAGCAUACACAUGCACAAACACACAGGAGAAAAACCCUUCAGUUGCUCAGUUUGCGGUAAAAUAUUCUCUCAGAGCGCAAACAUGGUAGCACACAUGCGGACGCACACAGGCGAAAAACCUUUCGGUUGCACAGUUUGUGACAAAAUGUUCUCUCAAAGGGCACACUUGGUCGCACACGUGAGAACGCACACGGGAGAAAAACCUUUUACUUGCUCAGUUUGUGAUAAAAGAUAUUUUAAGAAGUCCAGUUUGACGGCACACAUGCGGAAACACAAUGGUGAUUAAACGUUUUCCUGCAUUGUUUGUGCUAAAACAUCAAUAAGUAACUGCACUAUACAAUGAAUUAGGCAGGGCAUAGUAAUGAUGAACAUUUAAUCAAAAAAGAGAGGUUUCAAGCUGUUUAAUGCCACUCCCAGUUGAGGUUUAUGGUCAAACUAAGCAAUAAAGAGAAUUACAAGUAGUAUAUGUAAAACAGCUACAGCUUUGUCGUAGGAAAGUCCGCUAGCUUGAUGCUAACAAACGACGAAAUUAUUGUAAAACGCCAUUGACAUGCUAACUGUUAGCAUCGACAUUCGCAGUUUUAGAACCCUUUGGGAAACGGCUAUUUGAAUGCAUAUGGUGAACAACAGAUAUUGACAGGUAAUAUAACAUUACUCACAGGCAUAUAUUCUUCAUCCUUGACAAAAAAAAUGACUCAUAUUACAGUAACUGACUGAGUAGUAGAAAAGCAGAAGUGCAUUCUUCUUCGUUUGUCUGCAUGACUGUCCUGUAGAAUAGUGCCUCCCGGUGGCCGGGUCACGGGCGUGCUGGAGCCUAUCACAGCAAUCUUCGGGCGAGAAAAGGGUAUACCCUGAACUGGUCGCCAGCCAAUCGCAGGGCACAAACAAACAACCAUUCGCGCACACAUUCAAACCUAAGGGCAAUUUGGAGUCAUUAAUCAACCUACCAUGCAUGGGAUGUGGGAGGAAACCGGAGUGCCCGGAGAAAACCCACCCAGGCACGGGGAGAACAUGCAAACUCCACACAGGCGGGGCCGGGAUUUGAACCCCGGUCCUCAGAACUGUGAGGCAGAUGUGCUAAUAUAUAUAUAUAUAUAUAUAUAUAUAUAUAUAUAUAUAUAUCCCGAAGAGCUGACAAGAGGUGGACCACAGAAACUAUCAAUUGGAUACCACAAAGCGGCCACGGCGAAGACCGAAAAGUAGAUGGACAGAUAAAAUCAUUAAAACACACCGGAAUACAAAACAUGAAGAAGAGGCCUACAUCCUGCAGUGGAUAGAUAACGGCUGAUGAUGAUGAUGAUCAUAUAUAUACUUUAUAUAUAUGUUUAUUUAAAAUAAUGCAUGUACUUUAAAAUAACAUUUACAGUAAUUGCUCAAUCUUAUUUAUUGUUUGUUACACAUGGUGGUAUUGUUACUUGUUCUUUGCUGCACUUUUCAAUGUUAUUGCAUUUAUUAUUCUCUGAUUAAUCUGAUUUUGAGCACUGUAUAUAUAUCUCAAUAAAUUUGAAUGUCUAUUUUAGUAGAA